AUGAACAAUACAUCUGCAGCUAAUGUCAGCCAAACAAACGAUCAAAGUUCAUCAAAGGAUGCUACCUCCAAGACAGAAGGCAUCGUAUCCUUCAGUGCACUCAUAUUGACUUCUGUUUUAACUGUCGCAGGAAACACGCUAACGAUUGUCCUUUUUGCGAUGAAAAGAAAUAUUCGCAAGAAGCAUUUCUUUCUAGCUGUCAACUUAGCGUCUGCUGACCUGCUGUUAGGAGCUGUGAGCUUACCUAUAUACAGUUGCUAUGUCGGCUUCAAUUUCGGACUGUGGACCCUAACGGAAAGCUUUAGCACCCUUACGUGGCUCCAUAUUCUCUUCCAGACUGUUGAUACUUUCUUCUCGCAAGCCUCACUUAUUUCUGCAGCCUUCAUAUCCUGUGAGAGAUUCCAUGCCAUAUAUCGGCCGUUUAAGCAUAAAACAUUGUCAACGCGAACAUACCGCAUUGUUAUUUUUGUAUUGUGGCUCCUUGCUCUCCUUAUUUCUGCGUUAUUGAUUGGAUCAAACCUCCUUCUUUCAUACAAAUACACCGGGAUGAUUUGGGGGCCAUAUAUUUUUCUUCUCAUUUUUAUCAUAUGUGGCUGUUAUAUUGGUAUCUGGAGAAAAUUUAAAGGUGGAAUUGCCUCUGCUUCACAUCAGCAAAACGGAGACUUGCAAAACAAGCGCUUAACAAAGACAUUGUUAUUUGUGUCUGGCUUUACUUUGCUGGCUUGGCUGCCUUUAGUCAUAACAAACUUCUUAAUAAUUUUGGGAUUUUUACCUAUAGAUUGGAAAUUUUAUCCCAUGGUAAACCUUUUCAACUACUCUAACUCUCUUGUCAAUCCGUUCGUUUAUGCAUUGAGAGUCGCCGAGUUUCGACGAGCUCUGACUUCUUGUCGUCUCGGAAGAGAGCCAGCUUUGAACACAGCGCUUCCUAACAUCAGGAACGAGAGGAACGGAACUAGCGUCUGA